AUGAAGCUUGCCUUAUCAGUCAACAAGCCCUUAAAUGGGCACGUCUUCCAGGCCACUGACAAGGUCCAAGGCCGUGUCGAUGUACAGAUGGACGACGUUUCCGACACACCAGAGGUCCGGGUGGUAUUUCAAGGCAUUGCCAAAGUCACACUCAAACCCGGCUUCGACGCAAAGGCACAGAUCGGCGACACCCAUAAGCGACAAAGUUACAAAAUCUUCACAUCCGUCCAAGUCUUGCAUCCGACGCCAGUCAACGACAACACGCUGUCCGCGCCCUUUGCGUUUGCUUUUCCCCCAGCCGACCGUUGCUGUGGCCGGGCCAACACCGCCAAGUCGGCCGUCUGCCCGCUUCCGCCAUCGACACUGCUCGUCACACCGGGUGUCAAAGUCCGUGUCUCCUAUGGCGUCACCGCCGUGUGCCGGCGGCCGGGCAGCGGCCUGUACCACCGUCUGCUGCACCGGCCCGUGACCGCCCGCCAGUCGAUCACCUACGCACCGCCCAUUACCGAGCAGCUUCUGUACGGCACGGCUGCACCAGUUCAGUCCAUACGGCCAGUACAGGCCCGGCCACCGACGGUGUCGCUUCCGUUGUCACCACCCCAAUCACCGCCCAUAUCGCCCGUGUCCAUCGUGUCCGACCCGCUUCUGGAUGCCCACACCGACGUCACCGAUACCACCGCCGGUGCCCGCCAGCUCGUCCGCAGCACGGCCUGGAUGCCGGCCAGCAAGCUCGGCAUCGAGGAACGAAGCAGCACCGACGCUGCCGACGCAUGGGCCGUUAAGGCGCAGAAUCCACCGGUGCUCCCCGGUUGUCUGCCGGCGUACUCGCCGGCCAUAUCCCUCGAGAUGGUCAUGCCGAACCUGCCCGUCAUCACGCCCGGCCAGCCGCUCGACCUGGGCCUGUUUCUGCGCACGCCGCGGUCGUUCCUCGACACGGUGGCCGACACCGGCUGCACGCUCCAGCUGUGCAGUCUGUCGGUCCGCCUGCGCCGCCAGAUCCACGCACAAAUCGGCGCGGCCACGCGCGUCGACGACACGACGUGGCCCCUCUGGUCGGUCAAGGGCAGCGUGCCCAUUCGCCAGGAAAAGGUGGACAUUGCGUGUGGCGGCAGCGGCGGCAGCAGCAGCAGCAGCCACGGCGAUGAUAACAGCAGCGACGAUACGGCUGGGGGCAUCCAUCUUCCCCCAGCCACCAUCGCGGCCAUCCAGGGCCAGCCGGGCUUUGCGACGUGCUUUGCCUCGCGCGUCUACACGCUUGAGGUGUCCAUGGGCGUGGCCGCUGUGACGACAUCGAGCACGCCCCCAGGCAAGAAGCCCGUCGUGCCCAAGGCGGAGAUUCAAUACACAAAGACGGCCCUGCGCGUCAUUGUCUCGGAGCCGCCACCGGACUACGAGUGGAAUACGAGCGAUGGCGAGUGA